AUGGACGAGAAAAACAGCGAGAAGAAGACAAACAGAGGGAGGAAGGGAGACCUCUUUCUAUUGCCUUCCCUUUCUACUUCUAGACUGGUUCGUCGGCGGGACAGCGAGCCAAGAUCCGAUUCGUCAAUCGACGAAUCCAUGCCGCGUAACCUGGCAAAGGGGAAAGAGACGAUGGCAACGCACCUCAUACAAGAGGGAGUCCGAACAGCCUUGUACGUACGCCGCCCACGCGAAGAAAGGGGCCUUCCAGGAAUUGACCAAGCAGGAACGUGGGAUCAAAGUUCCAUUGAUUCAUCUAUCUCAAAUAGGGAAAAAACUGAAUCAAGAAGGGGUCAGCUGAGCUCGAAAAGGGUAGCCGGUCGUCAACUAAGAGCUCUGGCCGGCAACGAAACUAAAGCUUCACACUGGUCCACUCACUACUUACACGGCUAA